UCUCUCACGUCCACCGGCUUUAUCAGUACGCAGUUAAAGUGGAGCGUUUUUGCAGUCUCCUGCUAUAAUGUGGUUUGUUAUGCAUUCCUAGAUAAAAAAAAAAUAUGAGUGAGAGAUAUUCUCAAAGUAUCUCAGAGCGCAGGGGCACAUAAACAGCUGCAAGCUAGCGGCAGCUUUAGAAGAGGAGGGCAGUACCGCGCAGCGUCGCGCGCUGCUAGCUACCCGUACAGCUGUUGACAGGCAGCAACUCCGCACAAACUGCACAGAGUCUCCGUCCAUCCCGCUAGAGGGACGUUGACGGCCAAGAGGGGGAAAUGAACGAGCUGGUGAAGAGUUUACCCUCCCCGACCCUCCCUGGGCUGCACCUCCCGUGUCUGGACACCCACAAAGGCUGGCUCUUUAAAUGGACCAACUAUCUGAAAGGAUACCAGCGGCGGUGGUUCGUCCUCAGCAACGGCCUGCUGUCCUACUACAGGACUCAGGCUGAGAUGGCCCACACUUGCCGGGGUACAAUUCCUUUGGCAACAGCACACAUUGAGGUUGGUGACACCUGCCACUUGGUGUUAACCAGUGGUGGCCGAAGCUACCACCUGAAGGCCACCUCUGAGGGAGAGUGUCAGAGAUGGGUGUCAGCUCUGCAGCAGGCCAAGGCCAAUGCCACCCUCCUGAUGCAUCAUUCAGAUGACUCAGGAGAUGAAGCCCCUGUACCUCAAGAAGACCGUGCUCUAACCCAAGGAGUGCUCAAGUCUCUGGCCAGCAAGCUGGAGGAUCUGAGCACCUGUAAUGAGCUGAUAGGAAAGCACGGUGCUGCCCUCCAGCGCUCCCUCAGCGAGCUUGAGGAACUGCGUGGAUCUACUGACAGCCCAGAUAAAGUGAAAGCUGUUAAUGAGCGAGCCACCCUCUUCCGCAUCACCUCCAAUGCUAUGAUCAAUGCUUGCCGUGACUUUUUGGAUGUGGCCGAAUCUCACAGCCGAAGGUGGCAGAGGGUUCUGCACUAUGAGAGAGAACAGCGUCACCAUCUGGAGGAGACCAUUGAACAGUUAGCCAAACAGCACAACAGCCUAGAGAGAGCCUGGAGGGAGAAGCCCACCUCAUAUACAGGCGUGGAUCGGUCACAGGAGGGGGAUGCAAGUGAUGAGAAUGAUGAUGCAGAGUUCUUUGAUGCCAUGGAGGACUCUCCAGCGUUCAUUACUGUGACUGCUACUGGCAACAUACAACACAAGCGCUCAGGGAGUAAUCAGAGUAUGAUGAGUGGAGGAGUUCCCAAUGACUGGACUCACAAUGAGAAUGACACCUCAGGCACAAAUCACAUGCAACUACAAAGAACAAGGCGCAGCCGUAUUCCUGACAAACCAAAUUAUUCCCUUAACCUGUGGAGCAUUAUGAAGAACUGUAUUGGCAAAGACCUCUCCAAGAUACCCAUGCCUGUAAACUUCAAUGAGCCGUUGUCAAUGCUGCAGCGUCUGACAGAGGAUCUGGAAUACAGUGAGCUGCUGGACCGGGCAGCUCGCUGCGACUCAUCUCUGGAGCAGAUGUGCCUUGUGGCUGCCUUUUCUGUAUCCUCCUACUCCACCACAGUCCAUCGUACAGCCAAGCCAUUCAAUCCUCUGCUUGGGGAAACUUAUGAACUGGACCGACUGGAGGAGAAUGGGUAUCGCUCCAUCUCUGAGCAGGUCAGUCAUCAUCCACCAGCUGCUGCCCACCAUGUGACGUCCCAGCGAGGAUGGACUCUGUGGCAGCAUAUAACCAUUGAUAGCAAGUUUCGCGGGAAAUAUAUUUCUGUUGUGCCCUUAGGUAACAUCCACCUGCAGUUCCACUCAGGUGGAAACCACUAUGUGUGGAGUAAAGUCACAUCAACAGUACACAACAUUAUUGUAGGGAAGCUGUGGAUUGAUCAGUCUGGAGACAUUGACAUUGUCAAUACCACAACAAAGGACACCUGCCGUCUUAAAUUCUCCCCAUAUAGCUACUUCUCCAGAGAAGUCCCGCGCAAAGUGACAGGAGUUGUGGAGGACAGAGAGGGCACAGCUCACUGCAUCCUGUCGGGAACCUGGGAUGACAAAAUGGAAAGUGCUAAAAUAGUGGAAAGCAGCCAAGGAUGUGGAGGCUCUGAAGGCAAACAAAAAACAGUUUAUCAGACUCUACAGCCCAAACUGCUGUGGAAGAAAUAUCCUCUGCCAGAUAAUGCAGAGAACAUGCACUUUUUCUCCUCCCUGGCCCUGACCUUGAAUGAGCCAGAGGAGGGUGUUGCACCCACUGACAGUCGUCUGAGGCCAGACCAGCGACUAAUGGAAGCAGGUCUGUGGGAUGAAGCAAACAUCCAAAAGCAAAGACUAGAAGAGCGACAGAGACUAGAGAGGAAAAGAAGAGAGGCACAAGCUAAUAAGGCCCUGGAGGAAGGGCAAGACAUUGAGGGUUACCAGCCACUGUGGUUUGAGAAGAGAACGGAUGAAAAUACAGGAGAAAUCACUUACAUCUACAGAGGUGGCUACUGGGAAGCCAAAGAAAGACAAGACUGGAGCCAGUGUCCUCAGAUCUUCUAGGACAAAAUGCCCCUUGGUGCUGGAGCAUCAGAAAGGCUAAAUGACUCCUUGUGAUGUAAGAACACACUAACAGUUGUUUGUCUGAGUUAUGAUAUGCAUGUGUGAGUGAACAUCAGCUGCUCACGCCCAGAUUUUCAAGCACAAAAACUCCUGCUUCUGCUUUCUAAUUUUCUUGCUUCUGCUCUGCUGUGUUUUCAGAAUGCAUGGCUUCAGUUUGUGUUAAUGCUUCAGCACAGUAGAGAACUAAUUUAUGGGAGCAUUUCAAGUUCUUUGUGCCUGGUUGUCUGCGUGAUUGACAUGUGGUUCACAGAGAACUAAUUUCUGCACUGAAGCAGUCCUCAUGGGAUAACUUGGGGGCAUGGAUGUCUAGUACAAGCACUGAAUGUCUCGUUCUCCUCAAAGCUGGAACAAACUGUUCAUUGCUGGGCUCUGGCAGAGAUACCAGGCUUUGAAGGAAUGGGACAAAGCCUGCUCCUGAGCUUUAAGGCUUUCUCACCAGAACUUAAUUUACUGAUCUGUACAGAUUCUGUUGUGACUUUUACUACUUUCCUCUCAAAACUGCACACAGUUAACCUGAAAAUGUACUUUUUUUUCCUGACUGGCCUGUAACGAACAACUGCUAGGCCAUAAAAACCAAAGCAGAUGUCAAUCUCUUUGGAAUGACAGCUGACUGAGAACACCGAGCUGGUUUACAGGUAAUCACUGUUUCUUUUGGUUAUAUUAAAAUUUAUUCCACCAGUUUAACAACUUUGCUUCAUUUCACCACUGAACUUAGUUACAGAGAACACGACAGAGCCUGGUGUUAGACAGGCAGUUUCACAUAAUGCUUUUAAACGUUUCCUAAGCAGACAGAGUCUAAAUGAAGUCAUUUAGAUGUAUUAACCCUCUAAGCGCCAUAAUCUCAAAAUUGGGACAAGCUGCAGACCAGAAAAAAAGCUUAAACCUGUUACCACCUUCCACCAUGAAAUGGUGAUGAUGUGAAUCUUCAAUGUAACACAGUUGGUUGGGAGGAGAGGGUGGGGGAGGCAAAUUAGAGGGUCUAUUCAAAGUUUAUAAGGAAACUGCAUUUGAAAGACUUCAUACAGAGCCAAUAAGGAAACGUGCAUAGUCUGUGAGUAUGUAUGCAACAUAUCAAAAUGCUUUUUCUCUGUGGAUGAAGUACUUUUUCAGCCAUUAGCCAUCUCUGAUUCUGGAGGGGAAAAUUUGCCUCCUGAAGAUGACGAGUGGUCAUCUAGCGACAACGAAAGUGAUGCUUGUGUUAGAAAUCAUGGGGUAUCUGUCCAUAAUAAUAACGUACCUGAACACAUCUUCCAACCUGUCAUGCCACAAUACAAAAUUAGAUGAGUAAUUUUACUUCCAUUUUAAACUCUGGUUUAUAUUCAACUUUUUUUUAUCAUUUACAGUAUGUCUUUAAAAACUUUGCCGCCUAAAGGGUUAAUAGGUGUAUGAAAUGAUGGAGGGUGUUACUGAAAUUUUGAGCUGGAUCCAAAAAUGGGACUAAGUGUCGGGAUAUGCUGCUUGUACUAUGUCUGUUUUAAUCAUUCCUUUUAUUAUCUGUCUCUUAUUUAUACAUUCUAAUAAGAAUACUGGUAUACCGUAUGAGUAAUUCAGAAAUACAGUUACAAUAGACCUUUUUUUUCCUCAUCAGCCUGCACAUAAUCUUCUACACAAUCAAACAGAUUUUUUUUUUUUUUUAUUGAUUUCAAACAACUCAAGUUUCCAGUUUACAUAACUAUUAGAAUCUUUUGUUAUUACUCUUACAACUGAGCUCUGGUGUAUCCUAGUGAUCUGUGAGAUGCUUCUACAACUUAUUUGGAGUUCACUUGUGCCUGAUUGGAUUAAUUUAGCAAAAUCAAGAGGAUCUACACCUUUCUGUGUAGCUCACAGCUGAUGGGAGUUUGACAGUGUGAAACCUAAAGCACUGGGUUGAGAGACUUGUCUGUAGAUGCAUGAAACUGGUUCAUUUCAAGGCACAGAAAUGCGAAAAGAUACAAAAAAAAACCUGCAGCAUUAAAAGUGUCUAAAUGCACUGCAGGACAGGAGAGUGAGGACAUUACCAUUCUAUACUGGAAGAGGUUUAGAACAGACUACCCAGAUCUAGCCACACAAGAAAAGUGAGUAAUCAGGGAUGAAAAAACGGGAUCAGAAGGGUUACCAGUAACUAUGGUAACUAUGAAUGAGAUCCAUAAUUUAUUUGUAAAGACAGGAGAGCCUUAGAAGGACAACCAUCGAUGCAGCCCUACACCCGAGUAGGCCUUUAUUCUAUUCUAUUCUAUUCUAUUGUACAGUCAUUUAGCAGACGCUUUUAUCCAAAGCAACUUACAUUUGAGAGUAAGAACAACACAAGCAAGAAUUCAAACAAGAUGGGACAUAAUAAUUAAGUGGUAGUCAGGUGCUGUCAUGUAGUGCUAGAGGCAGUGCAAAUUUUUUUUAUUUUUUUUUUAUGUUAGACAGAAAUUAUUCCUCAUUCCUCAUUUGACUGCUUAUUAAAAUUUAGCCAAAAAGAACCUGAAUGACUCAGAACAUAAAGAGAAUAUAGUCUGGUCUGAAUGAAAGAUUUAAAUAUUUGACUAAAAUUCACAACAGUGAAUGUGGAGAAAACGAAUUACUGAGCAUUACUUCAUUAAUAUCAUCCUUACAGUUAAACAUGGCAUUGGCAGCAUCAUUCUGCAACAGGACUGGAAGAGUAGGUAGAAUAGGGGCAAAGGCCAAUCCCAAGCUGCAAUCCUGGGAUAAAACAUUUUCCACAAAAUCCCAGGCUAUGGCUAAUGUUUACAUUUAACAAGACAACCGGCUAAACAAUCAAUGAAGAAAAUUCAGUAGUGACCUCAUGAAAACUUUGGAAAGAUUCUGUGGACUUUAUAGCAAUCAAGUUUCUCUAGAAAGACCUAAAACAGGCUGAACACCAUUGCUCACCAUACAGUCUGACUGACCUUAAGGUUUCUGCCAAGAAGAAUAGAAGAAACUUGGAGGGGUGUGCUAAGUUUGUAGACUUGAAGCAGCCAUUAUAUCUAUAAAAUUGUUGGUGGAAAAUUGUGUCUGGAGUGCUGAGGAAAAAAAAUGUGUUUAAAAUCAUUUUAAAACAAAAGAACUGGGGGAAACUUAAAGGGUCCAUUAUCUGCACUAUAUUAAGUACUUGGAAUCCAAUUAACAUAUCUUCAGACUCAAAUAUUCUAGUGUAUUUGAUGUGUAAAUCUGAUUAACCUCCAGGAUUUCCUUGGGAAAGGAUUAUAUUGGUGCUUAAUGGCAAUUUUAGCCUUAAUUACUAUGUAUGUAUUACAGUAGUAAGUCCCAUGUGAGUAUUGCAUAUGAAGAAUAUUUUGUAUGGAUUAGAACAGUCUAAAAGGCAUUUAUUUUCUUCAAAUUUUACUUGUUUACUUUGGGGUGAAUUAUUUUGCAAUAAAUUUACUCUGAAUGUCAGGGUUUAUCAUAUUGGUAAGUAGGAACAAACUUGCUUCCCCAUAUAAUCGUGUUAGAAAUGGCAAGCUCUAAUGAUGAUUUAUGUCUGAAAAUUGUGUUGCUUUAUUAACAUACUAUAUUUCAGCAAUAACAAUAUAAAAAACCACUUUGGAAUACAGACUGCAAGGUUAGAAAGAGGUUUUAAAAAAUUACAUUUAUGUUAUAUUAACACAAUUCCAUUAAAUCAAAAAUAAGUAAGAAAUUUGAUUUAUAAACACCAGUGAAGAGCCAGAAAACAGUUAAAGAAAGGCUUAUUGACACAUGAAGGGUUUUGUGCAGUUGUAAACACUGGUGUAAAUUAGUGGGAAAUACACUAUAAUGAAUGAUUGCCUGUUUAUUUAUACCUUACUGUGUAUAUACAUAUACACAGUAAAGUAUACUGUAUACUGUGUGUACAGGGCAUGAUGAACAUGUAUGACUGCUUGGUUGGUUGUGGCCUGUAUAUAGCACCAAUAUAGUAGAAAUAGAAUAAUCUAAGUCAUUAUAACUAUGAAAAGUAUUGUUUCACAUUUCUUGAAUAUUUAUUCUCUAACCCCUGUUUAAUCUCAAGUUGUGUAUACAUAAUCUUCAAUAAAGUUGAGGCUGUAUACAGUCACUGAGAUGUUGGUGAAACAAGUGAUGAAUAUAAGAUUAUGAGAUGUGGUACAAAAUAUACAUGAAAUUAGAUGCUGUUCAAAUAAUCACAAUUUAAUGUUUAUCUAAUUAUACAUCCUACAUACCUAAAUGGUUUUCAUAGCAACAUAUAGCUAUGCAUGGUUUUGGCGUGCUUAUGAAGCCUCUUCACCUUGCAAAUUUGUUUGUGGAUUAUCACUGAAACAUGAUGUGAAUUCACCUUUUGUGCCCAUUUACCUCAAAGAUUUUACAUUUUUGAGAUUAAAUAAAGACAUGAAGCUGCCACUA